AUGACGCCACGUAUCUCACGGUGCUUUAAAUUGAAUUUCUUUUUCCUCAACGUUUUUGGUAUUUGGCCUGUUAAAAAUAAUGGAACACUUUACAGAUGUUAUUCUCUAUCAUUCGUGUUUAUUUCUCUAUUUGUUUACAACUUACUUCUUACUUUGAACCUUAUUUAUACGCCUCGUAAACUUGAUAUAUUAAUUCGGGAAGUUGUGUUUUAUUUUACGGAAAUUUCAGUUACGGGAAAAGUUGUAAUGAUUUUAACGAAGCAAAGUGAUAUUCUAAAUGUCCUUAGGAUAUUAGAUUGCGAAUCUUUUCAAGGUCAUGACGAUAUAAGUCGUAUUAUAAUAAAGCGUCAUAUUACGAAAUUUAAAAUAUAUUGGAAAAUAUACGCGGUUAUAUCAAACUUUGCUUAUUGCUCACAAAUACUAUUGCCAGUUUUAUGGUAUUUUUUAUUUAAUACUCCAUUAAAUCUGCCGAUUUGCAAAUAUUACUUUUUAAAUGUACAAUUUAUAAAAAAGUAUUUUAUUUAUUUGUUCAUAUACCAAUCUGUCUGGAUGUAUGGUCAUAUGACAUAUAACGUCAAUAUUGACACACUCAUAGCGGGAUUUGUUAUUAUGGCAAUAACACAAUUAAGGGUGUUAAAUUAUAAAUUAAAACAUUUUAAUACAUCUAUGAAAAGUUUAAGAAAUUCUACCCAAAAUAUGGAAUUACAGGAACUUAAGCGUCAUCUAAAACAUUACGAUACCAUAUUAAGUUACUGUUCUAAAAUACAAGAAAUAUUAAGUGUGUCUCUUUUUGUCCAAUUUGGAAUGGCCUCUGCUGUUAUUUGUGUUAUUUUGUGCGGAUUGCUAUUGCAAACUUCAAAAGAGAGUUUAAUUUUCAUGAUAUCAUAUCUAUUAGCGAUGACAUUGCAAAUAUUUGUGCCGGCAUAUUUGGGUUCGAUACUAAGCAACGAGAGUCAAGAACUUGUGUACGCAGCUUAUUGUGCAAAAUGGAUAACACGUUCGAAAGCCUUUAAGAGCAGUAUCAAUAUUUUCCUAACACGCGCCAACAAUAAAAUAUCAAUUACUGCUCUAAAGAUGUUUCCACUUUCUUUGGACACUUUUACUUGGAUUAUGAAGACCGCUUAUUCAUUUCUGACUGUAAUAAGAAAUAUACAAAAUGAAGAAAAUUAA